GCAGGCCAUUGGACAAUAUUGUCAUUCAUAGCAAAGGGCGGACUGUAAUCCAGAAAUAAACACCUGGUUUGAUGAUGUAAUAAAUUUAAAUAGGUAGGUUAUAAAACAGUGAAUCUUUCACAUGAAUAGGGCCAGACUGAUAACAUGAGUGGAAAUCGGUCAUGAAAUAUGCAGAAAGCUUGGGGUGUUAUUAGUCUCAUUCUGACUUGUUGCGUGCUGCUCUAUUUAAUGCUUUGGAUGAAUCUCUCUGAACAGUUUCACAGCAAAACUGUUGUCAUUUCUGCAUUGAUUUUAUCAAAACUUGGAACUACUAGUUUGUACAAAACUGAAAAACCCAGUUACUCCACUGAGCAAGAAAUCAACAUAACACCUAUUCCGGUUCUCUAUAAGAAAAAUUUUACAAAACUUCCAGUGUGGGAUUUUGAAGAAGUUUAUUUGCGAAACAAUGAAGCAAGAAAACCUACCUGUCCAAAUUCUCUUCAAAACACAGAGGAUCCCGAGUUCAAGGAGGCUGUUCUUCCUGACGUUCAGCUGUGGCUGUACAAAGGUCUACUCAACAUAACAGAAUGGAAUCGAUUAGCACACUUCAACAAUCCCUUCGGCUUCAUGGAAUACAAGUACAAUGAGGUAAAAAGAGCAGUGGAUUUGAUACCAAAGCCUAAGUCUUCAAUAUUACUGCCUGUGCCUGAAAGUUCAAAGGAUGGCUGUAUCCGCUGUGCUGUUGUGGGCUCUGGUGGGAUUCUCAAUAACUCAAAGAUGGGCAAAGAGAUAGACUCCCAUGAGUAUGUUUUUCGAGUAAAUGGGGCUGUUACUCAAGGUUUCGAGGAGGAUGUUGGAAAUAGAACAUCAGUUUAUGUACAUACAGCUUUUUCCUUGUAUUCCAACAUUCUGUCGUUAGAAAAGUAUGGCUUUAACAGUAUUCCACAAGAUGAGGGUAUCAAAUAUGUAAUGAUCCCUGAAGGCCUGAGGGACUUUGAGUGGAUCCAAGGCCUUUUGCAGGGAAAAGAAGCCAAUGGGUCAUUCAAGGGUGUGAGGCCACUGAAAUAUUUCGAAGGGAAAUUUAACGAGAGUAGAUUCUAUGUUCUUCACCCUGACUUUCUUCGAUAUAUUCGCAACAGAUUCAUGCCAUCCAAACAAAUGCAGGACAUUCACUGGGCAAUGUACAGACCGACCAAUGGAGCAUUUGCUUUGUUCUUGGCUCUUCACACAUGUGAUAUUGUGGACGCCUAUGGAUUUAUUACAGAAGACCAUCAUAAGUACUCCAACUAUUAUUAUGAAAAGUUCAAAAAAACCCAUGUCAUUUUCUAUAUUAACCAUGACUAUGGCCUGGAGAUAAAGACUUGGAAGAAACUGCAUGACUCUGGAAUCAUUAGACUUUUCCAAAGACACUAACUGUGUUCUGUCAACAGGUGUUAUUUUAAAAGAUAUGAUUCUUAAACAGGCUGUGGACUAAAAUUAAAUCAAACAUCUGUAAUAUGCUUCAAGAGAAAGGUUGUAUCAGUUUUAUCUUUUUUUAAAAGGAGAGGAAGGUGAUAUUUCUAUUUUAAAAUGGUCUUGGUUUGUUUGUUCGAUCUUUAUUCUUCAUUACAUUUUCAAUACAUUACAAAUUCCCAACAUAAAUCUAUGUUUUAUUUAUUCUGCAUAUUUUUAUUCUAAUAUUUAUUUUCUUAAUUUGAUUAAAGAAUUUAUUAAUUUUUCUCAGAAAUGCAAAAUACUUAUUUUUCCUAAACCUGGGUUACUAAUAGCCAUACAAAAAUAUAGGACCAACUUUAAAGAAAAUAGUUAUUUAUCUAUAUCUAUAUCAAAAUUAUAUUUUUUAUAGCUCAUCCUAUAUAGCAGAUGUUCUUCCAGAACUGUGUAUUGAUAAGCAUCAUCAAACUUGAGAAACAACAUGAAUGAACAUGAACAGGAUAGAAUGAUCAAAAGACCAUUGUGAAGUUGUUUAUUUAUUGAUUUAUCUAAAGUAUACUUCUUUGGAAGAUACUUCUUUGGAAGCAUACUUCUUUGGAAGACUUCAUUGUUUAGCUACAGUUUGUUUGAAUUGUAAUAUGCCAGUAAAAAUUCAAUGCAUCAUUAAACCAUGUGUUUAUUUUAGGAUUGGGAGAGAACAGAAUGGAAUAUUUGUCAGGGUGUCAUAAAGACAUCCCAGAAAUAUUGAUAAACUAAUAAAGAUUUGUGGGGAGAGAUGGUUCUAAAUUGGUCAAAAGUCUUAUAAGCAGUUACAGAAAAUGUUUACUAGGUGACUUUCUUCGCCCUGCAUGUGAACGAUUACUUAAUGUAUUCAAUAAAACUUGGAAAAUACA